AUAACUCAUUUUCGACUAAAUUGACACUUGGCAUAUUCACGAGUUUGACCUUUCGAAUAAUCAUAUCAAAAUGAGUUCAAAUGGAAAAGAGGAAUUUUCUACUGAAACUUCAGGAUUGACUCAUGAAUGUGGAGUCUUCGGAUGCAUCGGUACUGGAAAUUGGCCUGCAAAAGUCGACGUUGCUCAGACCAUCUGCCUAGGAUUGGUUCAUCUGCAGCACAGGGGACAAGAAAGUGCUGGAAUUGUGACCAGUUCUGGACACGAUGUUGAUCAAUCCAACGUCAAGAAAGGAAUGGGAUUAAUUUCGAAUAUUUUUAAUGACGAUACAAUGAACCUUUUAAAAGGUAAUUUGGGAAUAGGACACACGAGAUAUUCGACUCAAGCAGGAUCUAGCGAGGUCAACUGCCAACCAUUUAUUGUUCAUACCAUUCAUGGUGAUCUUGCUAUCGCUCAUAAUGGUGAAAUUAUAAAUUCUUCUGCCCUUCGUCAAAAAGUAUUAUCAGGAGGUGUUGGUUUACCCAUUCAUUCAGAUAGCAAACUAAUAACGCAAGCUUUAUGUCUAAAUCCACCAGAUGACGAGCAUUUUCCAGACGGUUCGAGUUGGUCUGCUCGAAUCAAACAUCUAAUGAGAUUAUCACCUUUAUCUUAUUCUUUAGUUUUAAUGGAAAAAGACCGUAUUUAUGGAGUACGUGAUCCUUAUGGAAAUAGACCCUUGUGUAUUGGAAAAAUACCAAUCGACGAACAAGAAAACGACUCCGAACCAGCAGCUUGGGUCAUUUCUUCAGAAUCAUGUUCGUUUAUAUCAAUCGGUGCUAUUUAUGUUAGAGAGGUACUUCCUGGUGAAAUUGUGGAAAUCACGAGAGAUGGAGUUCAGACAAUUUCUAUCGUUGAAAGACCAGAUAACAGGCCACCUGCUUUUUGUAUUUUCGAAUAUAUUUAUUUUGCCAGAGCCGAUUCCAUCUUCGAAGGUCAAACGGUGUAUUCGGUUCGAUUGCAAUGUGGUAAAAUGUUAGCUCGUGAAUCACUGGUAGACGCUGAUAUCGUCAGUUCGAUACCUGAAUCAGGUACAGCAGCAGCUUUAGGAUUUUCUCAAGAAACAGGAAUCAGAUUUUCAGAAGUCCUCUGUAAAAAUAGAUACGUAGGGCGAAGUUUUAUCCAGCCAAGCGAUCGCUUAAGGAAAUUGGGCGUUGGGAAAAAAUUUGGUAUCUUAUCGGAAAACGUAAAAGAGAAAUCGAUUAUAUUGAUAGACGAUUCAAUUGUGCGAGGAAAUACUAUCAGUCAGAUAGUAAGACUAUUAAAGAACGCUGGUGCAAAAAAGGUACAUGUUAGAAUUGCUUCUCCUCCAGUUUUAUACCCGUGUUACAUGGGCAUUAAUACACCUACCAAAGAAGAAUUGAUAGCUAAUCAAUUAGAUAAUGUUGGAUUAGCCAAUUAUACUGGAGCCGAUUCAUUAGCCUAUUUAUCAGUGAAUGGGUUACUCGUUGCAGUUCAACACGGCAUUAAAACUGAACUUGUCCAGAACAGUGGAUACUGUACCGCUUGCUUAACUGGUAAAUACCCCAGUGAAUUGGAAUGGUAAUUUUACAUCGUGUAAAUUU